AUAUGGAACAAUUUUAAUGAGUGUAGUCACAUUAACUGAUCUAGCAGAAUAUAUACAUAUGUGUGUUUUUUUUAAAUUUAUUUAUUACAUUUACAACCUUUCAGUCACAAGGCAGGAGCUUUAAUCACUUUUUGGCGGGUGAAAUACAUUAUUUUAUAUAAUAAUUUUAUGAGUUGUAUUGGCCCUUUAAAUGAAUUUCAACGGGUAAAAGGGUCUGGAUUGGUUAUAAUGCGACAUAUAUAACCACCAAGACUGAAAUCAAGUCAUUUUGAUGCAGAAACAACCUUUCAGUCACAAGACAGGAGCUGUAAUCACUUUUUGGCAGGUGAAAUACUGCCUUUUAUGGGUUAGGGUAAGUUGUAUUGGCCCUUUAAAGUUAUCCCAACAGGUAAAAAUGACUGGAUUCGCUAAAACUACGGACAGAAAGUUAUUUGUAUGAGUAGUUCUGACAGUAGGAUCCAGAUAAAAUCAGCUGUGGACGUUUACAACCUGGUUUGUAGCUUUGAAAGGCCGCGCGCUCCUGCGGACGGAACCAGUUUCUGGCGGACUAUCACUUUUUGGCAGCACACCGGAUGUGACGAAGGUGCAGAAUCAAAACAGUCGAAAUUUUGACAGCUCGUCACCAAAAGGCUGCAAAAUGCGAUGGAAAAUGUCACUGCCAGUGUCGGAAAUAAACGACAGCAUUUAACCAACAUCUUUAGAUACUGGGGCGACUUUUUAUCGGACUGUCGAGGAAUGCUAACGAGAGGAAAAGGUGCUUUUGGCUAGUUUAUCUACUAGCAGCAGCAGCGGCGGCUCCUCUCUAUGCACCUAGCUGGUUAGCUUCCACGGCUAACAGAAAGCCGCUCCAUGGCGAUCUAUGGGCUGAACAUUACCAUAUAUAGACCGGCCACUGAGCUCCCUCGCCGGUGAAAUGUAAACGGUGACUGGUGGAGGAGGCUGACUAAAGGGCAAGCAAAAACAACGGAGAACAAACACUAGCGCGUUAGCUUCACCAUGUCAUCUGACCAGAUCAUUGCCAUCGUCAUGGAUGACAAAAUCUACGAGGUGAAUAAGAAGAAGCUGAUCGAGAAGAGCGACUACUUCCGCGCGUUGUACAGCUCCGGGAUGAGAGAGUCCACGGAGGACUCGGUGCAGCUGCAGGGGCUCAGCGUCCCCGGCCUGGAGCUGGUCCUGGAGUUCAUCAACACCUCCAAGGUCCAGGUUGUCAACGAGACUCUGGAGGACCUGAUCGAGACCGCCUCCUUCUUACAGGUCACCUCCAUCCUCAAGCUCCUCACCUCGGAGAUCCGCAUGGAUAACUGCGUGGAGCUGUACAGCCUCUCUGAAGUCUACGGUACUCAUGACCUGCGUAAUGCCUGCCUCAAAUACAUGAGCUGCUACUACCACCCGAUGCUGAGGAGGCCGGAGUUCGGCAGCCUGCCCUCUGCUGUCAGAGACCAGGUCAAGGAGAUGCGCAUGAAAGGCACCGCCACCCUGGUAGCCAUCGGGGACUUCACCUGUCUGUCCCUGGACGUCCCCGAUCAGGAUGAACCCUGGUCCAUGCUGAGGUAUGGAGAGAUGGAGCAGCGCUGGAAGCCACUGGCAAACAACCUGCCUCCUGACAUGAUCAAUGUCAGAGGAUAUGGCUCAGCCGUCCUGGAUAACUACCUGUUCAUCGUGGGCGGGUACAGGAUGACCAGUCAGGAGAUCUCUGCGGUGCACUGCUACAACCCCUGCAGGAACGAGUGGAACCAGGUGGCUCCACUCAACCAGAAGAGGUCCAACUUCAAGCUGCUGGCAGUACAAGGGAAGCUGUACGCUGUCGGAGGCCAGUGUUUAGGCACGGUGGAGUGUUACAGCCCCGAACAGGACUGGUGGACCUGCGUGUCCUCGAUGCCCGACCCGCUGGCUGAGUUCUCUGCCUGUGAAUGUCAAGGGAUGAUCUACGUCAUGGGUGGAUACACUGCAAGAGACAGGAACACGAGUGUCCUCAGAUACUGCCCCACCUCUGACUCCUGGACGGUGUUCCGGUCGUGUUCAGCGCACAUCCGCAAGCAGCAGAUGCUCUCUGUGGAGGACACCAUCUACCUUGUGGGAGGCUACACCCAUGAGCUGGAGGCGGGCCGCCGGCAGCGGCGUCCCAGCCAGACAGAGGAUGUGCUGACAGUGCAGUCCUACAACGUCACCACGGGUGAGUGGAUACAGCUGAAGGAGAAUACGUCCAAGUCGGGCCUGAACCUGACGUGCACGCUGCACAAUGACGGCAUCUACAUCAUGAGCCGGGACGUGAGCCUGCCCACCAGCCUGGAGCACCGCGUCUUUCUCAAGUACAACAUCUUCUCCGACGCCUGGGAGGCGUUCAGGCGCUUCCCGGCUCUGGGACAGAACAUGCUGCUGUGUUCGCUUUACCUCCCCAACCUGCUGUGACCGAGAGCGCUGACGGUUCAGUGAACACUAACACACAGUGGAGCCCACGCAGCAUUAAUAUAGGCCAGUAUGUGGCUUUGCUUGUCCUUGCACAGAAUGGGGGCUCUGCGGCGAUAGUGGGAGCAGCGUCUGGUUGCCAGGUUGGACGCCACGUGACCUCUGUGCCUCGAAAACAAAACGCACUACCUUGUACAUAAAUCCUGCUGUGGAUGCAAAUACAAAAGCUACAAUGACGAGUAUGAAAGUGAUGAAGCACCGUGGCCCGCAGGUCAACAGCAUCAUAGCAGCUUGUGCCAGUUUGUGCCUCUCAUGCACUAACAUUAAAGGGAUAGUUCAGGGUUUUUUUUAAAAGUGGGGUUGUAUGAGGUAAUUACUUAUUCAUGAUUAGCAAAACAUUUUAGCCACCUAAAAAAUUAGUUUAAAAGGACAGCAGGUAAUAUCUGCAACUCAGUCAACAAAAAGUUAGUAAAACAAAAGUACUGUGGGAUCAUGGGAGUUGUUGUCUUCAUUGUUCAUGUUCUAUCUGACAGAAGUUAAUUUUCUAGUCACAUUCCACGUGAUGUUUGGUCGCGUUCGCUGACUUCCUUCUUCACUCGUUGACAUCUCGUCUCUUGUUGACCUGAAACUUAAAGCGGCAGGUGACCAAAUGAAACGAACUGUUACCUGGAGUAAAAUAACAGAUUUCUCUGGGUUUGACCUUGUUGGAAACAUUUAGGAUAUUGUAAGUACAGAACUCAACAACAAACGUCUUGUCGUUCUUUAGACAUUUUAAUGCAGAAACGUUACAUAUCCUUAGAAUAUUUUCACUGCUUUAACCUGCCGUCAGACAGCCUUUGAUUGGGGAACUGAAUCCGUUAUCACUUUCUCUAAAGGCACCAGACUCCUUUGACAGAAACACUAAUUUAACCUGACAUUUCAGCUAAUAAAUUACGUGUGAAAAUGCGCCACAGAUCAUUCCAAUGAAAAUACUUGUUAGCUGCAGUUUUAACUUUGUCUUCUGCAAAAUUAAAACCAUUUGUAAUUAGUUUUCUAUCCAGGUAACAGCUGCCAUCUUUGUUUGCUGCCAGAUUUGAAACUUGGGUUAGAGGUUGAAAAUCUGCUUUUAUUGUGCAGCAGACUGAAUAGUUUUCCAUUCAGAUAGUUAAAAUAUAGUUUAUAGGGUUCUGGAAUUAUCCUCCAGAAACCAUGAACCCCUGUUGAAAGUAAUGCAAAUACAUGAGAGGCACAAACUGAGGCUAAAUAACAGCAUGGGCCACAAUGUUCUUGAUGUUUACACUCCAGAUAUGGCGUACAUGUUUAUCCAUAAUUCACUACAAACCUUAAACACAUUUCCUGUAUGUACUGUACAUAGCAGAUAAUCAUGAAAUGGCUUUGGUUUUACACUGCCAGUUUUAUGGGGAUUAAUUAAUGGUUCCCUGAUAGUUGCUGUUUGGGAUGAAAAGUGGCUCAGAGGGAGCUUAAUGUGUUGCACAGUCUUAUUUUCCUGAGAUACACUAAGCAAAGCUUAAAGCGCAAAUUCCAUGAAAUGAGCGAUGCACAUGUGCCUUCUGCAACCUCAGUUAAAAGGAACUUGAUACAAAAAAAAGCACAAAAUGCAAGACUUUGUUACAUUGCCAGCAACUGACCAAAACUGCUGUGUUUUUAUUUUUCCUCUCUGCUAAAGCAGAUUUUGUUUCCAUUAAGGUACUUUUCUGUUCCUUGGUUUAGUGUUUGUGGUGUGCAGAUGUGAGAAAUGAGCCUCAAAGCAAAACUUAUUUCCGAAACUGUUGGAGUUUGGGGUAAAUGCAGCAUUUAAAGUGUUUGAGUUGGUGGAUUUCAGAUUUUCUCUGCAUUACUGAUUUGUUUGACAGUUUGGAAAUUUAGGUCAUGAUAUUAAAGAUGAUGUUCAGGGGUC